AUGGAAGAUUUGAAUCUCUACAUUUUGACAGCGAACUGUGCGAGGGAUCGUAUCGAUGUGGAUCUAUUCGCUGACCACUUUUUCGAUCCCUUGACGAAAGCAGGGCGGGGUUUCAACGCCCCAGAGCUGAUCGUGCUCUCUCUUCAGGAAAUAGCUCCCAUCGCCUAUUCUUUUCUAGGCGGUUCAUAUCUGAUUCCUUACUUUGAUGCCUUCGUUCAAACGGUCAAACAAGCUACUGCGAAGCAAUUCAAUGAGUCCUACGAGAGUGUGCUCAAGGACCAUACAGGUAUGACCGGUUUGAUGGUCUUCGCCCGCGCCGAUGUCACAGAUAGGAUAUCCUGGAUUGACACCGCGCACGUCGGAAUCGGAGUUCAAGAGAUGGGCAACAAGGGCGCUGUUGGGGCUCGUCUAGGGUAUGUGGUGGACGACCAUUCGGCCAAAACCGUGGACUUAACCUUUGUGGCGGCUCACCUGGCUCCCAUGGAGGAUGCACUGGAGCAGAGAAAUUUGGACUGGCAGAGCAUCGUCGAGCGCCUUGUCUUCUCACAGCAGCACCCUUCAAACAGUGAGAUCAAACAUGGUGGACCCAGUGAGGGAACAGAUGAGAAUGCCGCGCUACUCGGGGGCCACCGAUCACCAGAUCAACCGGAGGGCACCCGCAGGGAUCUGUUUGCACCGAAUUCCUACCUUUUCCUGGCAGGAGACCUGAACUACCGCACAUCAGAUGUCAGUCCGUCCAAGACUGAUGCACUCCGGUUUCCUCGCCGGUUCGUCAAUCGCGAGGACAUCUUGCACUAUUCCCACCUUCUCAAGGGGGACCAACUGAUGCGGGAGAUGCGCCAGGGCAAAAGUUUCCAUGGGCUCUCAGAGGCGCCUAUUGACUUCCCCCCCAACAUACAAAUACUCCGAUGCGGCCCGCCAAGCGGCUCGGCUUGGAGUCGACAGUGGAGAUGCCGAAUGGAAGUGGUCGAGCCACCGUUGGCCCAGUUGGUGCGACCGUAUUCUCUUUCUGGACACGCCGUCUUGGGCUGGCCAAGAUGCGAGUGA